CAAUGAGGCGGACUGAGAGAAGAUGAAGAGGAGAAGGAGGAUAUCUGCUUAAAACGUGCUGCUGACACUGGAGACUUUAUUUCGAGUGGAACUUUUUUUAUGUGUGUGAGCUACAAAAACAAGGCAAGGAGGCAAUAGCUAAAUGCAUGCUGCAAUGCAAGGAGGUCCUCUGCGCUGUGUGUUGUGGGAUGUUAAAGACACCCUGUUGAAGGUGCGUGGGUCUGUGGGAGUCCAGUACUCCAAAGAGGCUGAAAGAUGGGGCCUGAGCCUGCAUCCUGCAGAGGUCAAUGCUGCUUUCCGGGAGACACAUCGGUGUUAUUCCAACAGAUACCCAAACUAUGGCGUCUCUCAGGGUCUGACUGGACAGGAUUGGUGGAUGGGAGUCGUGCGACACACUUUGAGUCAGUGCAGGGUCGACGAUCCGGCCCUGCUAAACACAAUGGCUACUAAUCUUUGUCAAAACUUCUGUAAUGCUGAAAACUGGGAGGUAUUUCCAGACACUAAGAUGGCCCUUGAAAGAUGUUCCUCUCUUGGACUAAAGUUGGGCGUCGUAUCUAAUUUUGACAAACGCCUUGAAGCAAUCUUACGCAGCUGCGGGCUGCUGUCGUACUUCAGCUUUUUAGUAACAUCAGAGGAAGCCGGUGUGGCGAAGCCUAGUCCAGCAAUCUUUCAUCAAGCCCUCCAGAAAUGUGGCACACCAGCUGGCAAAGUGGCUCACAUUGGGGACCACUAUGUGUAUGAUUACCUUGCUUCUCGGUCUGUGGGCAUACAUGGCUUCCUUUUAGACAGGGACAACUUGCACAAAGGGGAUGUUCCUCAGGAACACCGGAUUGUGUCAUUGGAGGAUCUGCCGUCACACCUUCAAGAACAUAUAGUGUAAUGACGCACAAAAUUUAAAUCUGUACAUCUCAUCCGAUUCCCAGAAGGGAAAAAGCCAUUGAAACCAACCUGGCCCUAUAAGUGGUUGUGCCACCGUUGGCAGAAACAACUGCCAUCAAGUGUUUAUGAUAACUGCAGAUGAGUAAAAUAUAUCACUGAAGGGA